CAGCUGCGAUCUGGACAAUGGGAUUUGUUUAUGUGGUGAAUUAUAGGAGCAGGGAACUAGUAAGCAACUUCAGCAUCGUCCCUUGGAACCGGUGACAGACAUAUUCGCUAACACCAAGCGGCAGAGUGAGUUAUGGCAAGGCAGAAGGGCAUUUCCACCUUAGGCUUGCAGGCACUGGGAGGCAGGGAGUAACUCAGGCAGCAGCUCCAGUUUAGAGAGCCACAGGUAGGCGGCGGCCUUUCUUUUCUUUAAAAAACAAAACAAGAAACUCUUCCCCCAGGUUUCUGUUGUUGAGGCGAGUUUUUGUUCGCUUUCCGGGUUCGGCGUACGGCGGUUUCAGAAGAGCGAGAGAGCAGAGAGCUCCCGGUGGCUGCUGCGCGAGAGAGGAGUCGGUUUCCCCAGCCUUUCCCUUCGGCGGCGUGCCUGGAGGAAAGACACUUCCAAGCCCCCUCCCACACUUCCUCCGCUGCUCCGCUCCACUUCGCGAGACACUCGGCUGACUCCCUUUCCUGUUUCUCGACUUCAGCAAGCCCAGCGGCAGCAGCAGCAGCAGCAGCGGGGGUCUGGGGUUUUCUCUCACGCCGCCGGCCACAGGAGAGCUGUUGCCUCCCCGCGUCUCUUUCUGGGCUGCUCUUCCUGAGGCGGCCCGCCGCCGGGCAAGCAGUCCCCUGCUGCUCGGCGCAAUGUACCUGUGGCGCCUCCCCCUUGGCCCCCUGGCCCGCGGGACUUACAGCUGCAGCUCACACACGUGAGCCCUCCUCAGCUUCUCUGCGCCUUUCCUCUUGGGCUUGCCAACUACAUCUUGUUUUAUUUUAAAGUGAAGAGACAAUUUGGCCUUUUCCCCCUUUAGGGAGCAGCGGAGAAGAAAAAAGAAAACUUUUUUAAUUUUUUAAAUUUUUUUUGGAUGCAGUUUACGUCUCCACAGGAAAGCGUACAAGCGCCUCGAGAAAAGCCCGAGAUGCCUUUUCCUCUGCGGACGGUGGCGCCCCUCAAGCUGUGCCGCCUGGAAGAGGAGGAUGUGGCCGUUCCCAGGGACAAAGAAGGGCCAGCCGGCCGAAGCAGCGCUGGGCUCCUCUUCGGCUCUUUGGAGGAGGUCUGCUCGCACUCGCUAGUCUCUCUCCUCUGGCAGCUCUCCGACCUCUCUCGCUGCGCCAGCGACGUCUUCGGCGGCAUCCAGAACCAAGCGGACAGCCUAGGACGCCGCAGCGCCCAGCUCCAGCGCCGCCUGGACUCGCUCAAGGCUCUCGCCGCCCGCCUAGAUCACCGUAAAGUCAAAAUCCCUGUCUCCAAUCUAGAUGAAGAAAGUAGAUGGACAGUCCAUUAUACUGCCCCCUGGCAUCAGCAAGAGAAUGUGUUUCUACCCUCCUCAAGGCCACCUUGUGUGGAAGAUCUGCAUCGGCAAGCUAAGCUGAAUCUGAAGUCUGUACUGAGAGAAUGUGAUAAGCUGCGGAGAGAUGGCUAUCGAAGUUCUCAAUACUAUUCUCAGGGUCCAACCUUCUCCUCCUCUUCCAGUGCAAUCUGCGGAAGUUACCAAGAUGACUAUGAAGAAAUUGAACAAAAGUGUUCAACCCCUUCUUCUGAAGAGGAAAAGCUUAUUAGCCUCCAGAGAUCCAAAACACCAAUUUCAGAUGAAUUAUCUGAUAUCAACACUCAAACUAAUUGGACCAAAUCCCUUCCACUGCCAACACCAGAGGAGAAAAUGCGACAGCAAGCACAAGCAGUCCAAACUGAUGUUAUACCAAUUAACGUAACGGGGGAGAACUUUGACCGCCAAGCCAGCAUACGGAGGUCUCUAAUUUACACAGACACUGUGGUAAGGCGGCCGAAGAAAGUGAAAAGGAGAAAGACUAUUACAGGAGUCCCUGACAACAUCCAAAGAGAGCUAGCAGUUGGCACUGGUAAAGGAGACUUCCGUGGCCAUUCACUGUGUGUCCCAGAUCACUAUUCCACGCUAGGAAGACUUGAUAGCUAUCGCUCUGCUAUGCAGCAGUCUGAGACCAAGGACUCUAGCUGUCAGACAGAGGAAGUCAAAGUAGUGCCACCUUCAGUGAGACGGAUACGUGCACAGAAAGGUCAAGGAAUUGCAGCCCAGAUGUCACAGUUGUCCAGUUCCUCUGGAAACAUGUCUGUGAUGAGUGAUUCUGCUGGGGUUGUAUUUGCCUCUCGCCUAAACAAUGACCUGGGUUUUCAUAGUCUACCUCGUUCUGGGGCAAGAGUGUCCUUGCAAUUACUGGAACGUAGGCAUAGCAUAUCUAAGUCAACAGAAGAUGGAACGUCGUUACACCAAAUAAGCAAACUACAAGUGGAUGAUAGUGGUGUUCAUGUGAGGAACAGCAAUAGAACAGGUGUGUUUCAAAGGCCAUGGUCCCAAGAAGUAAGGACAUUGGAGAGUGAACAAGCAGAAAGCCCAGCAUGCACAGUCUCUCCCCAUGCUACAUAUUCAAGCAGCAUCAUACCAAAUGCAACAUUACCAUCCUCUUCAGAAGUUAUUGUUAUUCACACCACACAGAGUGUCGGGUUGCUAGGUAGUAAAAUCACCAGUUCCUCUUCAUAUACAAAACCUGGAGACAAUCUUGUUACCAACAACAUAAUAAGCACAAAAGAUCAGCAGCAUACUUCUAGUGGUACCUGGAGCGAGACGGGUUCAGCACGUCACUCACAGUCGUCGGAUGCCACUGUCUCAUCAAAUGCUGUAAUGGUGCUUGCUCUUGGAGAUUCGGGGGUCUGUCUCAGUGGUGCAGGACCGGUGGAGAAUGGGCCCCGGAAUAUGACCUACAGCUGUAGGAACAAUCUCAGUUUUCCAAGCCAUUCUCAGGAUAAUGAUAGCAGAAGUGAGUCAAGUCCCACAAUGGACAGAACACAGGGCAAAGGUCAGAACCGCAUAGAACACUGUGGGUUCAAGCAUUCUGGAACAGAGGAGAUUCCCUUACACAAGCUGAACUGUGCCACGCCAGGCUGCUCCACACCUGUGAGCAACUUGAGUACUGGCAGCCUUGAAAGAGUCUUGGCCAAAGAAGAUUCAAGCUCUUUGUACUCUGUGGACCAUGAUGGCUAUUACACUUCCAUGCACAUGGACUCAGGGCUCAAGUCUAGUCAAACUUGCCAUAAUAAUAAUAGAUUUGAAAGCCCCAGGCAUAGUGUCAUUAAUGUGUUUGAUAGGAACGAGAAGAGAUCGCUUGGAGACUUGUCAGCCUGCAGCGACAAAUCCCUCUCACGAAGCAUAUCUUUAAAAAAAGCAAAGAAACCUCCUCUACCACCAUCCAGAACAGACUCUCUUAGAAGAAUCCCCAAGAAGACAGCUCAGUCCAAUGGGCAAGUACUAGAUGACAUGCUGAUUGCUCGCCUCCAACACUCCCUCCAGUUAAACCUCAAGUGCAAAAAUGGCAGCUCCCCCUCUCAAAGCCCCAGCAGUGAUUAUGAUGACCCUUGGGUGCUGCGGUCUCGUAGCCAGAGUUCAGUAAGUGCCAGCAGCAGCAUGAUGUCAGCAACUGGCCUGAACAUGUAUUCAAUUUGUGCUGUCACACCCUCCCAGAGCGAAACCAGCAGCAUCAAGUCAGAGUGUGCUGACCAGUGGGGUUACUACAGUGAUUGUCCUGGGAUGCCAGAUGACCAGUUAAAAUCUCCAGUAGUUCAUUCUGCUAACACUGCACCCAAGCUAAACGAUUAUAACGUUGGCCGCCUUAUAGACAGCUCAAGGGUUUGUACGCCGCAAGUGCCCAGCGGGUCGGUGAAACCAAAGGCCACAUCUCCAGAAAAGUCUCACAGAGUGACAUCACCAUCUAGUGGGUAUUCUAGCCAAUCCAACACACCCACAGCACUUACGCCAGUGCCUGUCAUUUUAAAAUCUAUGUCAACAGGAAAUGGGAAACCCAAGUUGAAGCCCAAAGUGCCUGAAAGAAAGUCAUCCCUACUGUCUUCAGUUUCAGUGUCUUCCUCUUCCACAUCUCUUUCUUCUAAUACAUCUGCUGAAGGAAGUGUGAGCGUAAAGAAAUCGGACCCUGGUCUGAGCUUCCCUCUGAUUACUUCUGCUAUGCUAAUGCCUCCAGACUCUGCUGACCAUCUUCUUCCCCCUCCCCCUCCCCCCUUAGUAGAUGUAUUAAAUCUGCCUCCCCCACCUGGAUCUCCCAGUUUUCCUCCACCUCCACCAGAAGCUGUUAUAAGUGCAUCUUUCCCUCAGAGUGCUUCAUGGUUUCAUUGUCCACCACAAGAUAUAUCACAGAGUAAUUUCUCUACCUCGUAUUCUGCCAUUCCAUCUCCUCCACCUUUCUCUUCUUCAGUUCCUCCUCCAGCCCCACCUCUGGACCCCAAACUCACAAAAGAUGCAUAUAAACACACACCAUGUUCUUUCAAGAAAUAUAGUCAGGAAGGUUCAUGUAACAGCACAAUAAAGCAGCCAUUCAAUAAGGAAGAUCCCACUCGGCCCACAAUGCCUCUAGUAACCACACAAGCACUGCAGAUGGUACAGCUGAGGUCUGUAAGGAAAACUGUGAUGUCAGACGUUGAACCAUUAGUUGAAUCUGCUUCCAAAACCAACUCUCAGGAAAAAUUGAUUGAAGUUUUUUCAGUUCAUUCACCUUUAAAACCACAUGUGUCAGUAGGGUACGGUGAUAGCCUGGAUGAAGAUGAGGUAAAAACCCAUGGUGCUUCUGACAAAAGCUUUGUUUACAGUCCUAGUCAGAAGUCCUAUCUAGGUCUCUGCGUGAAGACCUCUGAACUUAGCAGUGAUAAAAUGCCAGAAGAUGCAGCCAGUCCACCUAAAUCCCUUGCCAGGGAUUUGCUGCCAGCCAGUGCCGAAGAAGCACCAGUGCAGAACCAAGGUUCUUGCUCUGAACAUGCAAGUUCAGCACGUCAGAGACAGUCAGGAUCUCUCAACAAGCCUCAGGGUACAUUGCCAAACAAAAAGCCACCACCUGUUUCAAAGAAACCCAAACUGUUCCUGAUUGUGCCACCCCCACAGCCUGAUGUUACAGCAGAAAAAAUAACUGAAGUGGGUGAAACAGUCAGAAGCACUGCAAGGGAUGCUGCUAUUACACAGGACAGCCAGGCUAAAGAUUAUCCUACAGAUGGACUCUGUUCCUAUGAAAUGGACUCUGGCAGCCUGGUUCCAGGAGGAGGAGUGGCAAGUUCCACCUCCUGUGAAGCAGAAGAAACCGAUGUGUCUACACUGCAGUUCAAGCAGGAGGAGCAAGCUUGCUUAUGCAAAGAAAGCCGUUCUGACAGAAAUGGAGAGAUUGUCUCUAGAGCAGACGGACACCCAUCUCAAGGGGAUGGAAAUGCAGAGGGUUUCGAUUCGGAAGCAGCAAAUACCUUUUUACUGCAAAGCCCCAGUUAUGGUGAAGAUAGUGAGGUGGUGGCGAUGCCAGCUCGACCAAGGACUACUGAGGAUCUUUUUGCAGCCAUUCACAGAUCCAAAAGGAAAAUCCUUGGCCGCAAAGACUCUGAGGAUGACCACACUCAGAAUCAUUCUCCAUCACCGCCAGUUACACCCACUGGUGCUUCCCCAAAUCUGGCUUACUUGAAGCAGGCAGGAUCAAUCCAGAGAAACAUUCGCAAGAGUAGCACAAGCAACGAUAACUUCAAAGCGCUGUUGCUUAAAAAGGGGAGUCGCUCUGACACCAGUUCUCGCAUGUCCGCUGCAGAGAUGCUGAAAACUACAGACCCAAGAUCUCAAAGAACCAAGAUAGAUUUUUCUUGGGACUCAAGUGACAGUGCUACAAGCUGCUCCCCUACCAAGAACAGACGGGCCCAAGAAGAAUGGGCCAGGAGUGAAGGCCUGAUGCCAAGAAGCCUAUCCUUUUCCAGUGCCAGGUAUAGUCGAUCUCGAACCCCACCCUCUGCUGCAAGCAGCAAAUACAAUGUUCGAAGCCGGAUCCAGAGUAGCCCCAUGACUGUCAUCAGUGAGGGAGAUAUGGAAGCAGUUGAACUUGCGGAGAGCAUGAUUCAUAGAACUUCAGAAGAGCAACAAGAGGGGCAGCUGGAUGUGUUUGACAGUGAUGACAUAGACACUAGUGAAGAAGUGGGAUCAAAGGAGGAGACUACAACUCACCCAGACCUGAUAACUUAACUGCUGACACCGAAUCCUGUAAAGAUUCAGCUGGAAAUGGUUAGAUGAGGUUUAAGAAUUCAGGCACUGUGGUGAUGAACUUUGAAAAGGUAUACAUAAUGUGUAAGGUACCAGGCCCAGAAGAAAAGCCCAAACCAGUACAAUUUACUUUGCCAAGCAUUUAAAACAUGCUAAUGUGCAGAUAUUGCCAGAACUGAUACCUCUGCAUGGCUUGGUUGGAUAGGGCUUGUGCUUUAAAAAACAAAACAAAACCAGCUAGACUUCCAUGUUAAAGCCUUAAAAGUCCUCUAGAGGUUGGGGGCGGAACUCCCUUUUAUCUUUGGAUCCUGGGUUGCUUUUUGGAGGGUGUUCAAAAUUGAGUAAGCCUGCAAAGAAAAUGGGAAGCUUCUGUGGUACAGGGUGGCAGUAGCUUUUUAAGUGUUAUAUUUAUGAAACUUGGUAAUCUCGUCUUGAGCAGGGAAAACUAGAGUGAACUAUGCAGCCAGUUAGAGUUAGCAGGGUUGGCAUUGUCCACAGCUUCUUCUAAUGUGGUCUCCUCUGCUAGUUUAAACAUGCCAUGCCAGCAGAAAAGGAUGACCAGAUCCUGAAUUAGUGUUUUUUUUAAUCCAGCAGGAAAUAUGCACUGUUAUAAUACAGAACUGACUGCUGUGCAGCCGUAUUUCAGCCCGUCUGCUUGCCUCUACAGAAGCCUGUGUCCCCCCAGUGAAUUUGUUUCUUUGAAGUGAAAUUGAGAUGCCCCUUAAAUAACUGAAAUCAGUGGCUGCAGAUUUGUAGAGGAUGUAGGAAAAAUUGGGGUGGGGUGAGGGGACAAAAUAAGCCAACAGCCAUCAGUUUCUAAAUUUGACAACAGACCCUCAUUUGAGAACCUAUACUAGACAGUUGCAGAGUGUAUCAUUUCCUUUUCAAUUAAACAGUGUGGAAAUUACAUUGUUGCCAGUUUUUCAUCUAUUUGUCAAAGUGGGAAGGGGUAUGUGUGCAUGCGUGUGCGUGUAUUGUUUUCUUAAUGACAAGCAUAUCCCUUGAAAUAUCAAACACUUGCUAACUUUUGGUCACCAAAGAAUACAUGAGAAUUACUUUUACUUUUUGGUCUACAGUUGGCAUUUUCUCGAUUUGAGAAAAUAACCUUAACAGCUUAACAGAGUCUGCUUAGUUCUGAGUAUUUUACCAAUGACAAUUUUUAAAAAACAAAACAUUUAACUUGCUUGUUAAGAAAAUAACUAACUAAAAUAUCAACUGGCAAUUUUGAUCUUAGUGUUAGAAAAAAUAGUUUUUGGAAAUAAUUUUUGCAUAAUUUAAUGUUCUGUGCAGUUUUUAUAAUGUUUGUACAUAAUGGAAGUUCUUAAGAUAAUUUGGAUCCUCCCUGUAUUGGAAUUUUUACAUUUUUAGACAUUAAGAAGAAAACCCUCUCUGUAGAUAAUUUAUUUUAAUGAAAAAACACUUGUGAUUUCUUUUUUCUAUUUCUGUAUUUGUUAGUAAAUGUAAAUUUCAGUGGCCUUCACUCAACUCAAGGAGGAGGUGGUGACAAUGCAAUAACUCUGCCUCAAUAAACAAGGCUGCCGUUUGUCA